ACAAAGCUUUGAGCUUUCCCCCAACUAUAAAAUCAACCCACCCACCAUUCAUGCAUCCACCUGCCAACAAAGAACCCUAAAGCUCGAAGCUUUCUUCCCCAUAAAGAAAAAGAAAACACAAAAAAUGGACUCAUCUGGACGUUCAAGGAGGCAUUGUUUCAUUGAGCAAGAUCAAGGCUUGGCUUCUAUUGCAAUAAUGGAGGCUGGAUAUUCGGGCACCCGUUACCAAACCGGGAUUCAAAAUGGGUUUUUUCAAAGACCUCUUUGUUACACAAGGAGAGCCAGUUUAAGGAAUCUAUCUUCUUCUUCUUCUUUAUGUUUAUCACCAAGAUUUGAGGAUCAAGUCCGUCAACCCCAUUUCUUGGAUUCCUGUUUCCUUUGCAGGAAGCCUCUUGGGGGCAACAAAGACAUCUUCAUGUACAGAGGGGAUACUGCUUUUUGCAGUGAAGAGUGUAGACAAGAGCAAAUAGACAUUGAUGAGGCUAAGGAGAAAAGCAAUAGCCUUUGUUCCUCCGUGAAAGCUCCGAGGAAGAAGGAUCAAAGGAAAGCUACAACUUCUGCAAAAACCCAGAGCUAUCCUUUUCGACCAGGCACUGUUGCAGCUGCGUAAAUAUAAUCGUUUCACAAACGAAAUAGAGAGAGAGAGAGAGAGAGAGAGAGAGAGAGAGAGGAAAAACAUAUAACUACCCUUUUGUAUAAACUGUUGGAAAAAGGACAAAGGAGGAGGGCCAAGGAGAGAGGAUGAAGAAGAAAGCAUGUUUGAGACUCGACUGUGAAUGUUAUGUGGAUUUGCUCUGUGAUAUGGCUCUUUUUUUGGGGUGUUUUUGGUGGGAUAAUUUUGUUAACAAGUUCCUAUGAAUGAAAUGAAGUUCUUAUGGGUUCUUCAUGGGCUAUUUUUGUACUAAUUUUCUUCUUGCUGAUAUUUUCAUUUACCAUGAAUGAUGAAAGAGAGAUGAACAUGAAUGGAACUUGCUGGAAAUUGGAAAAUCCGUCUUUUUUCUGGGUUGAUUUAUGGUAUUCAUUGUUGUUGCACUUGGUUCCUUCACCCUUUAAUAAGGUACAAAGAGAAGUAAAGGUUGGAAUUUUAGGUGGGAAAGGAGGCUGGAAUUUGUGGCCAUUGCCAGUGCUGCAAACACACCAGCUCCCACUUGGGAAACAAUGACAAUUUUCAAGUAUGAGGCUUUCAUC